GAUCGCUACACCAACGCCCUCAAACGUCGGAUUUUGAAUUAAAGGUAAUUCCAGUUUUGAGUGCACGGGAGUCGUUACAAUUUGUGAAAAUUGAUUAUUUAAAGUUAAUUUCACCAAAUACACUUACAACUCCUCAACAAAGAGGUAAUUGUACAAUAUUCUGCCUUCUCAAGCCACCUAUAGAAGGUAACAGCCCAGCUCGAGAGUGGUAGCCAUUAUGAUGACAGCGCGGACGGUGCCAAUUUCUUGAAAUUUUCGCCUUUGAUGCCCCCUGUAUUCUGAAAUUCACUCUCCAGAAGAACUUUUCAUUGCAUGCUAGAGACGUCUGUUGGAAUGCAAGAGUAAAUAAUCUGUUAUAGUUAAUAACAACGGCUGUCAAAAUGUCUGAGUCGCAGACUAUCAAAUUGGAACAGUCUUCCCAGGAGGUGUCUGGGGAGACUAUAACGGACAUUCAGAACUAUUUGAAUACAUUCAACAAAGAGAUUGGCGGAGAAAGUGUGGUUCAGCAAGUUGGAGAUGAUAUGACUGGAGACCAGGGUCCUGACGAAGGAGCUACCUACUUUGUUGACCAGGCAGGACACUACUACUACCAGACCCCAGGACCUGACGGACAACAAGUCAUGACUGUAGUGUCAGGUAUUGCCAACCCCAACAGUGACGUUGGCGACGCAAAUGAAACAUCAUUUGUGAUUGAAGGGGUGCCAGAAUCCAUAACAGGAGAUGUAGAUGAAAAUGUGGUUGAUGAGGGUGGCCAAAUGAUUGUGAGUGGAGCGGAUGGUUUCCAAACUUUGAGGAUCAUGCCAACGGAGACCAAUCCUGGCGAGGUGAGCUACGUAUUGAUAGUACAACAGCCUGACGACGAGAAAGACAAAGAGGACCAAGAGGAUCCGGAUUAUACGGUUUACGACUUUAAUGAAGCAGAGGAUAAUGAGCCGAUUAGUGGAAUGGAAUCAGGAGAUGAGGAUGAUAAGACCAAAAUAAUAAAGCUUUUACCAAAGAAAUCACAAACCGUCACCCAAGCCCACAUGUGUAACUACUGCAAUUACACCAGUCCAAAAAGGUACCUGUUGUCACGACAUAUGAAGUCUCACUCGGAGGAGCGUCCACACAAGUGCAGCGUUUGUGAGAGAGGUUUCAAGACACUGGCGUCGCUACAGAACCAUGUCAACACUCACACAGGCACCAAGCCCCACCGUUGUAAAUACUGUGAAAGCCAAUUCACCACUUCAGGAGAAUUAGUGAGACAUGUGAGAUACAAACAUACUCACGAGAAGCCUCACAAGUGCACCAUCUGUGAGUACGCGAGUGUUGAACUUAGCAAGAUGAGGAAUCACAUGAGAUGUCACACGGGCGAGCGGCCUUACCAGUGUCCACACUGCACGUACGCAAGUCCUGACACGUUUAAACUCAAGAGGCAUCUCAGGAUCCACACGGGGGAGAAGCCGUAUGAGUGUGACAUCUGCCACGCCCGCUUCACUCAGUCCAACAGCCUCAAAGCUCACAAACUCAUCCAUAGCGCUGGAGACAAGCCAGUGUUCCAUUGUGAGCUGUGCCCAGCUACAUGUGGGAGAAAGACAGAUCUCAGGAUUCAUGUGCAGAAGUUGCACACGUCUGACAAACCUCUGCGGUGCAAAAGGUGUGGCAAACAGUUCCCGGAUAGGUACACCUACAAGGUUCACAACAAAUCACAUGAAGGUGAGAAGUGUUGGAGGUGUGAGUUGUGUCCGUACGCUUCAGUAUCUCAGAGACAUCUAGACUCGCACAUGUUGAUACAUACGGACCAGAAACCUUACCAGUGCGACAAGUGUGACCAGAGUGGCUGUGAAAUAUCAGACAAGUCGUUCCGCCAGAAGCAGUUGUUGAAGAGGCAUCAGAACCUGUACCACAACCCCAACUACAUCCCUCCGCCCCCCAGAGAGAAGACACACGAAUGUCCCGAGUGUCAGAGGGCGUUCAGACACAAGGGCAACCUCAUACGACACAUGUCCGUGCAUGACCCUGAGUCCUCAGCCCACGAGAAGGCGGUUGCCCUCAAGAUAGGGCGGCAGAAAAAGAUACAAAUUAUAGACGGCCAACAGGUCGAGGUGAUGCCAGGGGAGGAUGAUGAAGACGAGGAGGAUGAGAUGGACGGAUCCAUGGUGUCUAUGGAGGGAGCUGACGGUCAACAGUACGUUGUGUUGGAAGUUAUACAACUUCAGGACAGCGAUGGACAGGAGCAGGCGGUGGCAGUGAUGGCUGGGGAAGGUAUUGAGCAAGCUGUCGCAGCUUUACAGCAGCAGACAGGUCAGAACACGUCCGUUCUGGUACACAACAACCAGGUGUUGAAUCAGCACAUCACUUCUGACCACCAUUCAUCAGACAAUGAGGAGGUGUUGCUUAGUCAGCCGAAAGCAGUUCCUCAACAAAACGACAUGCAGAAUUGUUUUGGAUUUGAUGAAGACGAAGAAGAUGAACCUGAACAUAAGACCAAACCAAACAUUCAUAUUCUGCAAAGUGCCAUUCAUUGAAAGAUUUUUGAAGAAUGAAAAGCUGCCUCUGUGAUCCUAUUAGCAAUAAGUUUAAACUUCUAUACAGUUUUAAAAGAGGUUACAUUACCUGUUCGUAAUCUUGCAGUUACACAUUAAUAAUAGAAAACAUUUUUAUUUAUUUUGAAUUAAUUGGUUGUUUAAAUCAAUUUUUACUUUGAAUCUGUUAUCAUUUUGCACUUGUGUUUGGUGAAUGAUUUUAACUGAGUGAUUUAAUAUUUACUUCUUAUACAAGUCGAAUAUUGCUUAUUUGACAUAAGAUAAAAAAGUUGUAUAAUGUUUACUACGUUUUUGUUUGACCAAAAUUAAUUAUAAGUGAGAGAAUGUGUAAAUCUUAACAUUAUUUGUAUUCAAUUCUGUCUAGUAUUUUUACAAAAAUAUAGUUUUUGAAUUGUUAAUGCGUUUAUUGGAAACUUCUUGUUUCUCUUAUGAGAAAUUGGUUUUAUUUGUUAAACAACUUUGAAGACUGAAAGUCAUCACUAUUUGCAUGCAUGUUAUGAGUUAUUUAUACUCUAAAUAUGUGCACUUUGAAAUAUUCUAAUAUAAAAUAUUGAAAUGUGUUACACUUUUUGUUACAUAACUUGUCAAUCUUCUUCCACAUUUUUGAUUAAUAAAAAAGUUGUUUAACUUUUUUGUAAAAUAAACUUGUUUAGUUGUUGACAUAGUUUUAUUGGGUAAGUUAAUUACUGUAUGUAUUUGGUAAUUGGGAACUUAUUUUCAAAAUCAUCCAUCUUACCUGAUCCAAAGAACUUGGUUGUGUACAUUAGAUUAUUUUGAAUUCUUUGCUAUUUAUGUAAUUUUUCUCCAAAGACCUAAAAAGACUUUUUUUAAUUGAUUCCCACACAUAAAAUAGAGGAUGCUAUGAGUUUGUGCACUCGUUUUUAUUUUGCUGCACUCCAGAUUAUCAACACCAAAACAGUUACAGGCAACAACAAGGCAAGGUUGUGUAUUUGUGAAAAUAAGUUGGCAACACUGGAGCUUGUGGACCAGCUGUCGUACUGAUAUGUUUUGACUACUACAAGGCCUAAUAUUUUAUUCUUGUUGUAAGCCUUAAAACAUAAAUUGUGGCUCGAGGGGUUGUUAUAAUUUGAUCAAAUAAAUGACAAACUAGGAACAUUCUGUAAGCUAAAAGAAAACCAAAUAAAACUAUCUAAUCAUAGACAAUAACUUGUCCACUAGCUUUAUAACCAAACAGUGUGGCACAAAUCCUAAGAAACUAACCCUAAAAUAAUAGAAACAAAUUGUAAAUAAAACACGACUCCAACAUCACAUUCGACAGCUGAAGCCAAUUUCACUGUUAGUUCUGACCGAUGCACUGUAGAAGUCAGGUUAGUUUACAAUUUGUUACUUGUUAUUUCAGGCAUUUAAACCUUGUUUAACUAAACAAAACGGUCUAAUCAUAAACAACAACACGUCCCCGAAUUAUAUAACCAAACAGUAAAGUACAAAUCAUUAUAUUAACCUUAGAAUAAUAGAAACAAAAUGUUGUCGACACAAGCGAUCAGUGUCGAUGUACAUGAACUAGGCAUGUAAAACGAGCUUCAAAAUUUACAAUGGGAUGAGAAGUCUUGUUUUAUUUGGUCUAUGAUUCACUGUAAAUUAUUAGCAACGAUAAUAUACACAUUUUUGAGAUGACAGAUACUGAAUGUUAUAAGAGUGAAGGUAUAUCAAUGUUUUAUUGUAUUUUAUUAUUUAUUUACCUAAAGAACGUGUAAUGCUUGUGUGUUAUAAAUUCACAUAUUUUAUUUACAAACACUUUGGAGGCAUGUCAACUUUUAGACUUCCUAAGCAUCUUUAACCAAACACAAUUUCAGCAUUGUAAUGCAUUUUGACAUGCUUUUUUUGUGAUUUAUUUGUAGAUUUUUAAGUUCCACAGUCAACUUGCUUUGGUCGUGUUUUAGGAAUGUAUUUUUUUUAUAUACCUAAUUUUACAACUUUAAAUAAUACAUAGCUGUAUAAGUAUGUACCAACUUGCUUUUUUGUUACAUAAAUGUUUUCGAUGUAUAUUCGUGAAUCGAUGUAUUUAUCAAAUAACUUAUGUAAAUAAUAUGAUAAAUCGUUUUUCCUAUGUAGAUAAAAGUAUUUAUUCAUGUUGUAUGAAGAACCAACAAUCUUGUUCUAUGAACAGGACAAAUUAGAUUUUUUGCUUGUGUAUCACAAGUGUCAAACUUUGUAUAUAUUUUAUUGUUACAUAUUAUAUCCCGUGUAGGUAUUGUAAACAGAUAAUGUUAGUGACAAUUAAAGUACAACUUUAAAUA